UUCAUUCUCUCAGCCGUCUCCAGCUGGAACAUCCUCUCUCUUCGUCUCUUCCAUGGAAGCGCUUCUUUGCACUAAGCUCGGUGAUCCCACCGUCGCAAUCUCCGACUCCUCCCCCAUCGUCGUCUCCAGAUCGCACCCCGUCCCGGCGAUCGCCUCUCCCACCUCUGUCCGCGUCCGAAUUGCGGCCACCAGUCUCAACUACGCCAACUACCUACAGAUACUCGGCCGCUACCAGGAGAAGCUACCCCUCCCGUUCGUCCCCGGGUCGGACUACUCCGGUGUCGUUGAAUCGGUUGGAAGCGCUGUCUCCACGGUGAAGAUCGGGGAUAAAGUUUGCUCCUUGGCCACAUCCGAUUCCUUCUGCGAGUUCAUCGUCACGGACGAGAAGGAAUUAUUCUUAGUACCUGAUGGAUGUGACUUAGUCGCUGCUGGUGCUUUACCAGUUGCAUACGGGACUUCGCAUUUGGCACUUGUUCAUAGAGCACAGCUGAAACCUGGUCAGGUACUCCUUGUCCUUGGUGCAGCUGGUGGUGUUGGAUUGUCAGCUGUGCAGAUAGGAAAAGUUUGUGGAGCCAUCGUUAUUGCUGUAGCAAGGGGUGAUGAAAAGGUGAGAUUUCUCCAGUCACUAGGUGUUGAUUAUGUUGUUGACUUGAGCAAGGGAAAUAUCAUCGAGAGUGUGAAGAAUUUUCUCAAGACAAGAAAUCUGAAAGGAGUCGAUGUUCUAUACGAUCCUGUCGGUGGUAAACUCACAAAAGAAAGCAUGAAGCUUUUAAACUGGGGAGCAAAUAUUCUUAUCAUAGGAUUUGCAAGUGGUGAAAUUCCAGUCAUCCCAGCAAACAUUGCUCUUGUGAAGAAUUGGACAGUUCAUGGUCUCUACUGGGGCAGUUACAAGCUACAUAAUCCACAACUAUUGAGAGACUCUCUUAUGGAGCUGCUAUCCUGGUUAUCAAAUGGCACGAUAUCUAUUCACAUAUCUCAUUCCUAUAGUUUACAAGAGGCAAAUCUAGCUUUUGGUGAUAUCAAAGACAGGAAAGUUAUUGGCAAAGUGAUGGUUAUUCCUGGCAGCUCCAGUGUAGGAAGAUCAAAGCUAUAAUGUCCCAGUGGAUUGUGUCACUUGCAAUAUAGAAAGUUCUUGGCAAAUCAAACAUGGAAAAAUCUGUUUGAUAUCAUGCUCCAUCUCUUGUCCUAGUUAAAUAAUUUGAUCUAUUGCAGAGUCCAUGAAUAUCUUCUCAGUUAAUCUAGUAAAUUAAGGAAAUAUUUGUUAGUGUGAUUGCUAACUCUUCAACUAAGAUUUAAUUUAGUGUUCUUGCACCAAGUUUGGCAUCUGGAAAUUAUGAUUGCCGAUCAGUGACAGAUUAUUUCAAUAAAGCGAUCGCAGUGUUUGCCUUA